UCACAACCAGGCAUCUCAAAAAUGCCAUCAAAUUUCCUCACACCCUUCCUCGAGUUGGAUGAUGAAUUUUGCAAGAGUUUCCGCGGUAUUGACCUUACAGAUGCCACGCAGAAACAGCGUGUGGUGGGAUUCCAGCGCAGACACUCCCUGUGCCCCGUGACUCUUCCCAACUCUAAGUUCAACAGCAACGAGAGCAACCCGUGGCCUUUGCCGGCCAUCAACCAGCCCUGGAUCCGCGAGCAGAAGCAUCAGCUGCCUCGCUCCUCUCUGAACCAGAUCCCCUUCAGAGUGGACCGGUCCGUGAGCAUGAUCGAGGGUCACGUGAACGCUUGCGAGAGCCCGACGGCUUGCUCUCUUCCUCCACCACCCGGCCUAAACAUCAGCAACAGCUCCCUGUCCUCCCCGAAGUCUGCACCCAUGUCCACUCGCUACAAGACGGAGCUCUGCCGGACGUACGAGGAGAGCGGCACCUGCAAGUACGGGUCCAAAUGCCAAUUCGCACACGGCAUGGACGAGCUACGAGGCCUCAACCGGCAUCCCAAAUACAAGACCGAACCGUGUCGCACCUUCCACACCAUCGGCUUCUGCCCCUACGGCGCCCGCUGCCACUUCAUACACAACGCGGACGAGCAGCAAGGCGUUUCCGAGAACACACACACACACACACACGCAGAGAAGAGCAUCCGAGAGCGACCGCAGUUGCUCCGCCAGAGCGUGAGCUUCAGCGGCUUCUCCUCGCAGCGUCAAACUCUCGGUGGUUUCCACGCCGUCCCGGACGCCUUGGCCUUCUCCCGAUCCUCGUCUGUAUCCCCGCCUCCGUCCACAGGGAGUCCCGACCUGCUCUCCCCUCUGUUCCCCGAGCCCGGGACCCUAAAGCACGGCCACCCGUUCACAGAUCUGGGAGCAAACGGGAGCUUCUACGCCAUCAGCGACUCGGAGAGCGUGCGAAACCUUGCGUACGCGCUCACGUCGGCUCUGCAGAGAAGCGCUUCUGCGGACUCGCUCUCGGACCAGGACGACUACACCAGCUCCAGCAGUCUGAGCGACUGCGACUCUCCCGGGAUCGAGGGCAAGCGUCUGCCCAUCUUCAGCCGUCUGUCUGUCUCAGACGACUAGAACGCAGUGCCUGUGCAUAUUGUGCAUGCUCACUCGUGCAGAUG